AAAAGAAUACCAACGACGAAGAAAACAAGGAAGUGACUUGUUGUUUAUGAACGCACAUGAGGUGGUUGAAAUGUUUGAAUAAUGGUCUGGUUUCAUUGUCUUCAUAUAAACAUCUAUUCAAUAUGAACAUAGCAGAAAGUGGAGCAGUAGGCGAUGCCAUUACAGUGCACGAUUUCUCCGAGAAGAUUCUCGAGCAAACGGUUCACUUUCACGUCAUAAAACUCAAUGGAGGAUUUUUCCUUUGGGUGGGCUCGAACCCCGUCUUGUCCAACUUGGCUGUUUCAAUGGAAAGUAAAUUUGAUUCGAUGCCGCUGUCUACGUUAGUCCUGGGGGACCCAUCGGACACCACUCCAAAUUCACUGGCGCAGAGAUUGACUAAAAGGACUAAGAAACAGGUGUAUGUGAGCUACUGCCUGCCCAUGACUGACUCCAACCUGUCUCUGCUGGUAGAGAACAGGAUAAAGAAGGAGAUGGAAGUUCACCCUGACAAGUUUUAACCUUCUCCCCCCCCCCUUCUUUUUUUUUUACUAGUUUAAUUGUUUUGUACCAAAAUAAAACAAUGGAAAGAAAAACAA